AUGCCUACUCCUAUUCGUAAACCUUCAAAUGACUCCGACAUCCCGGCUGAAGUGAUCUCCUCGGACACCAGUGACUCCGUCAAGAUUGUGGAGGAGGAUUACGACUGUCUCCUCGUUGAAGAAGUUGGCAAACCCCCUAACCACUUCAACUUUACACAAACCGCAUUUAUUCGGGAAAGUCAUGGCCAGCCCAUCUUUGGUGUUGCCUUCAAUUGUGACAAUCGCAGCUCUUCCAGUGAUCCCCUUCUUUUCGCCACUGUUGGUGCUAACCAUGUGACCAUCUACCAAUGCAGAGAACUACCUCCGCCCUCAGAGGAGGAAGAUGCCACGAGUGACCCACCUAUACACCUGCUUCAGUCAUUCUCAGACGCUGCCAAUGACGAGGAGUUCUACUGCUGUGCCUGGUCUUGCAACCUCGAUGCGCGUCGCGGUGUGGCUAAGGCAUCCAGCCGUCAGCAGAUCCUUGCUGUGGCCGGCAAGCGUGGCGUUAUCCGCAUUCUUUGUCCUUCACUAUCUAAAUGUUUGGACAGUUUGAUUGGUCAUGGACAAGCGGUAAAUGAGUUGAAGUUUCAUCCCAGUCACCCGUCUCUCCUCUUCUCUUUCAGUAAGGUCAAUGGUGAACUCUUCAGUUAUGAAUCCGCUUUUGGGUGUUUGAACUGA